UCCACGUGCGUCGGCCGCGCCUGCGCAGUGCUCUCCGGCCCGCCGACAGUGCUGGCCUUCGAGUCGCCUCUCUAGCGUCAGGGUUCGUGGGCGGCGGGCGGAGCGAGCCCCAGUGUGCCGUGAGGGCCGACCGGCACGAGGCUGCGGCGGCACCCCCUCUCCCUCCGCCCAUACCCUCCCCGCGGAGCGCGGCACCGCCAUGGGCCUGCAUUCCAACCUGUCGGUGCGAGCCGACUGCAUAGCUGCUGUGGCCUUGGCUGCUGGCACUGCCGUGGUGGGCUACCUAGCUUACAAAAGGUUUUUGGUGAAAGAAAAACGCUACAGGUCCAUGGUCAACCUCACCAUCCAGAAAGACAACCCCAAGGUUGUCCACGCAUUUGACAUGGAAGACUUGGGAGAAAAAGCCGUGUACUGCCGCUGUUGGAGGUCCAAGAAGUUCCCAUUCUGCGAUGGUGCCCACACAAAGCACAACGAAGAAACCGGUGACAACGUGGGACCACUGAUCAUCAAGAAGAAAGAGGCAUAGUCGGUGGACGGUGUAGACUGAUUUGUCCUAAUGUUGCUGAUUGUUUUACAAGGCAUUAUAUUAAUUCUGUCCAAUUUCCUUUCCCCCGGGGUUCUCAGUGUGGUUUCUUGUAAGCUAAGGCUUUCAUUUAUGUGCCCUCUGCCUUACUAUUUGUCCAAGCACCAUGGUGACACUCACUAUAAAGAAUCCUCCUGGCCUGUGGGUUGUUCUUCUGUCUUGUAGGAAUUGUGUUCAUCGGUUUCUUCAAAUUUCAAAUAAUGACAGGAUAUCCUUGGAUCUGUAUGUUGAUGUUAAUAUAUUAAAUUAUUUUCAAAAUCAUGUA